AGAGCCUUCCAAAGAACCCACAAAUGACAUAGAGAUGGAGGUGUUGGCGCGGGUCCACCUGGAGCAGGUGGUGGAGCUGAGUAUCCUGUUGAAGGGAGAGAGGUACAGCGAUGCUCUCAGAGACCCUGCCAGCCUCCAGUACCAGACACUCAACCAGCAGUUCACUGACAAGAUAAAGGAUGCUGUGGGGGGACUGCCAGGCUUUAAGAGUGUGGCUGUGCUGCAGUUCAGGCUUCAGAAGGAUGCCCAAGGGUUGGAUGGUGUGGUGGUGGUCUAUGCGGUGACAGUGGAGGUGGAAGGGGAGAGGGUGAGCAGUGACCAGCUGGACUACCUGACCUUGCAGUCCAACCUGGUGGAGAACUCCUACAGAGAGGUGAAGGAGAGGAACUACAUCACUGAGGCCCAGCACAAGGACAACAUUAUCAGUGAUACAACUCUGGUCCUCGACCCUGACUCACUGCAACUAUAUACUGUGUCCAGUGUUACUGAGUCCUUUGAACCCACCUCUGGAAUACCCGAGGAUUACACCAACGGCAGUGUGGAGGACAUUUUGGCUGUUGAGACUCCAACCGAGGUUGAAGCACAGGAUGUAGCGACGGGGGAGAAUGAUGUCAUUGUUGUAGAGGAGAGCAUGACCCUCCCCGCUGAGGUGUCCAUCGAUGACACACGCAUCGAGGAGGAGGUUCUGCUGUUGGGGAACACCGUGUCUACAGAGAGCCCUUUGUUGGAGGACCUCCCUACAGACCCUACCUCCCCUGAGCAGCCAAAGGGUGCUACGCUCCCCGAGCCUCCUCUGGAGAUUGAGGCCUCUGGUUCAGGUGUUAAAGUACUGAAGGACUUGCACUUCCAGCCUGAGGAAGAAGAAGCCAUAGAAGAAGAGCCAGCUCCAGAAGAGGAACUGACCAUAGAAGAAAAGGUAGUUCCGGAAGAGGUAAUCAUCGAGGAAGAUAUCCAAACAGAGGAAGCAGAAGCGGUGGUCUCCGAGGAAGAUAAGGUCGAGGAGGAAACAGUGGAGGUCCCUGACACAGUAGAGGUUCUAGAAGAGGAAGCUGGACCCUCUGAAGACCUAGAGUACUCCAUAAUAGAGACGGAGACCAUUGAAGAGGUAGAGGAAGAGGCCCCUGCCUUCGUCCCUGUGGAAAUGAUGGAAGCUCCCGAGCCAGUAGGGGGCCUCGGUGUCCCCGAAAAUCCCCUUGCCAUUGCGACUCUGCCCCCAGAUGAACCUGAAGAGGAGACUAACGUGGUGCUGGCUUAUCCAGAAAUACCUGAAUAUGGAGAGGAAAUUGAGAGCUUAGAGGGACCAAUCAUUGAGAAGCCAUUAACUAAAGUGGAUGCUGUGGAAGUGGAGGAAGAGGUGGCAGAAGAAGUGGUCGUUGAAGUUCCGGACAUUUCUGAGAUCUCGGAGGAGGACUUGGUAGAAGACGAGAUCUUAUUGGUCGAUGAGGCUGCUCCGGACGCCACCCACACCACCCCUCUCUGUGCGGAGAAAGAGUCACCCUUCACCCGAGUCUCUGAUUUCAUAGUAUUGGAGGAGGUUACAGAGGCCACAGCCCUGGACACAGCCCCAGAACCAGAGGCAGAACAGGAGGACCAAGGGGUUACCCCAGCUCUCAUACCCGCCGAGUACCACCCUGAUCCCAACAUUUCUAUCACUCUGGAGCUGCAGACGAUAGACCCUGUGACAGACUAUGACCUGGUCCACUUUGGCGGGACAAACCAAACAGAGGAAGGGAGCAGUGGGUACCCUUCUGGAGUGCUAAAUGGUACAGACCACAGCAUUGCCAUGCCAAUCAACCCAGGGCGGGCUCUGAUGGUGUUCUUUAGGCUGAGGGUCACCAACAUGAUGUUCUCAGAUGACCUCUUCAAUAAGAGCUCUGCAGAAUACAAGGCCCUAGAACAAAGGUUCCUCGAGCUGCUGGUCCCCUACCUCCAGUCCAACCUUACUAACUUCCAGAACCUGGAGAUCCUGAACUUCCGGAAUGGGAGUAUUGUGGUCAACAGCCGGAUGAAGUUCGGGAGGCCGAUGCCUCACGGCGUCAACAAUGCAGUCUACUUGAUCCUGGAAGACUUCGCUAACACAGCCUACCAAACUAUGAACCUGGCCAUCGACAAGUACUCACUGGAUGUAGAGUCAGGUGACCAGGCCAACCCCUGUAAGUUCCAGGCGUGUAAUGAGUUUGCCCAGUGCUCUGUGAACCGCUGGUCUAGCGAGGCAGAGUGUGUGUGUAAUGCUGGCUACUUCAGCGUGGAAGGUCUGCCCUGUCAGAGCAUCUGUGAACUGCAGACAGACUUCUGUAUGAACGAUGGGAAGUGUGACAUCAUACCUGGACAGGGGGCCAUCUGCAGAUGUCGUGUAGGGGAGAACUGGUGGUACCGUGGAGAACACUGUGAGGAGUAUGUGUCAGAACCUCUGGUGGUCGGCAUAGCGAUAGCCUCUGUAGCAGGUUUCCUAUUGGUGGCAUCUGGUGUGAUCUUCUUCCUGGCGAGGACACUACGGGAUCAGUACGAUAAGGAUGAGGCCGAGGACCCCAUACGGCGAGGGGAGAGUAUCCCGUCUCUCGAGAGGGCCACUAAGUACAACCCCAUGUAUGAGAGUGAGGCCACGACGGGCUACAGCCACUACUACCGCCGCUACCCAGAAGCCCCGGUCUACAGCAGCGCUAGCGCCGAGGCCUCCACAGACUUCAGCAGUGAGGAGAUACGCCACAUCUACGAGAACAGCGAACUGACCAAGGAGGAAAUCCAGGACAGGAUACGCAUCAUCGAACUCUAUGCGAAGGACCGGCAGUUUGCAGACUUUGUGCGGCAGCAUCAAACUGCCCUGGAUACACGCAGACAGAGCACCCUUGAUAAACGCAGAGAGAGCACGUCCACGUAGCCCUGUAUGGGACACUCAGCUGUAUGCUGGACAACAAGGUACCUUAUCCUUAACUUUGCUCUUUCCCCGCCCUGCUCUUCCUCCUUUGUCAGUGCCUUCUCUCGAUUGGGUGAGCUCUGCUGGAAUGGGUGUGGUGGCUGUGGGCAUAUCUGCUGCUCAUUCGAUGUCUUCCUUUGGGGGAAGACCGGCCCCCCUCCAUCUGGAAUCAUAUUCGUUACUUGAAAUGAUGACAAACAAAACGCAAUGCUCUCUAGGAUACCUGUUCUUUAGGUAGCAGAUAAGACAUGAUAGAGUAUUACAUUUGCAUUUAAUGUCAUAUCUCACCCAGUUGUUGUUGACGGAAGAAUGUAGCACUGUGAAAGUGUAAAUAUUUAUCCCAUUGGAAUGUUGGAUAGGUACUGUAAGGUGUGAUUAUCACUCUAUCUGCUAAUGUGUUGUAUGGACUGUUAUGGUUAAAGAACUGUAUGAAAGGGAUGGUCUAUACCAGGGGUGCACAACUCAGGACCUCAGGCAACUCAUGACCUCAGGCAACUCAGGACCUCAGGCAACUCAGGACCUCAGGCAACUCAGGACCUCAGGCAACUCAGGACCUCAGGCAACUCAGGACCUCAGGCAACUCAGGACCUCAGGCAACUCAGGACCUCAGGCCCUCUGGCAACUCAGGCCCUCUGGCAACUCAGGACCUCAGGCCCUCUGGCAACUCAGGCCCUCUGGGACCUCAGGCAACUCAGGAUCUCAGGCCCUCUGGCAACUCAGGCCCUCUGGCAACUCAGGCCCUCUGGCAACUUCUGCAGGGACUAAAAGCAGCAGAUAUUGUUGCCCUCUGGACCAGAGCUGUGCGCCCUUGUUCUAUACCCAGCUGGAGGUUGUUGGAGAUUGAGCUCAGUUGACUGGCCAGUGUCUGUGCUGUUCUGGGUUCUAUGGGAGCUCUGUUGUCUGAGUUUCUGGCUAGUAGUAAGCCUAGGUAGUGUUCUCCUGAAGUUGGGAGAAGCUAGUUGGAUGCACUCUGUGGGCAGAUCUUAAAUCUCAGCCCUCUAUGGCUCUGGUGUAAAGUAGUGCACUAUAUUGGGAAUAGGGUGUACUUUGACAUUUUAGGAAAAGUGGACAAAUGAAGGGUGAAUCUUCCAUUUUUGUUCAGCUGCAAUAAUUUUCCCCCUCUUCUUUCCCUCCUUCUCUUUCCCUCACUCUCUCUCUACAUCAGGAAGCAGUUGGAGUUUGUUUUCUGUAGGAAAAAAAAGUAUUACGAGAGAGAGAGGGGGAGGGAGGAAGAGUGGGAGAGGGGGAGGGAGGGAGAGUGGGAGAGGGGGAGAGAUUUUGCUGAAGGACCAAAAUAUAAGUGAAAACACAUUUCGAAUGGAAACAAUCUUCAAGGGGAUUUGAUCAGGCAGUCUGUUUCCAGAUAUGUGUUAGAAAACAUUCAAGAAAGUAUAUCAAAUGUACAUGCGUAAACAACGUGCUCUGUGGAUAAGCAAACUCUUAGCAGCGGCUUUUAAAUCAAAUAAAAAUGAACCAGAAACGUCAAAAUGGUCCAUUCUGUAACCACUAGUUUGGACACCGUCCUUGCUUUACCCUGUAAGUAUUUCACAUGAAGAGGACUGGUUUCCAGUGAAUCCUCAAAGUUGCAUCUCUUCAUCCUGUAGGUUUACUUUUCCACAUUUGUUUUGACUGUGAAUAGUCAUAGGAAAUCAUAAGAAUACACAGGUUGAACUCUAAUGGCAACAUAUUCCUUUAUAGUGCACUACUUGCCUAAAGUAGUGCACUAUACAGGUUAAAGUGUCCAUUUGAGAUGUGACCACAGACAUUUAAGAUGUUUCCUGAUUUAGGUUUACAUUUCAUGUUAUCCUGUCCUUUUCUCUCAGGCUUCUGUAUGGCUCCACACAAGCGAGAACACGGGUUACUGUGGUUGAGCACAAGCUUACCUUCCACUUAUGAUAUCGUCAUGCCUUUUCAAUCUGUGUGUUUGUUUUUAUACACAUUUUCUCGUGUGCAUAAACUGGUUUUCUCAACAUUCUCUUCCUUCAUCGGGACUCAUAGCCAAUGGGAUGGAUCCAGAACGCUGUGAUGUAAAUACUAUCCAAGUGUCGUGGUAUGUUCUUUACACGAGAAUGUCAAUGGAAUGCGCUUGAAGUGUGGACAUGUUUUGUUGUACAAAAUGAUGAUUAUUUUUUAACGUAAGCACUGGUGGAUAUUUAAACAAAUAUUACAUUACUACUUGCAGUUAUGUCAAUGUUUAUUCUUAAAAAAUAAAAUGAAGCAAUACAAAAAACGAAA